UAAAGGGCGGCAGGCGUGCCACCGUCGGCCACUAUCCGAGCAGCCGACCCACCUUGCUCGCGUCUUAUCAACUGGCGCAGAGGCGCACCUUGCCGCAAUUAAAAAGUGGCAGCAGGGACUCCCCCUCCCACCUCUCGCUAUCUGCUGCCCCCUCCGCCGGGCUCUCCCCUAUCAUCUGCAGUUGUGUGGCGGUCAGCGAGCUGGCAUGACGGCGCAGCGGGACAGACUCCAUCCGGAAGUGACGCGGGCCGCCAUGAGACACCUCGACAAGGAGGACGAUGACGAAGAGGCAACCGCGAGGCGUCGCAGGCAACGGAAAAAGACGCCUGCCACAGACAGUUGUGGGGGUAUAUGUGUGGUUACAGUGCUUCUUGUCCUGGUGUGUUGGUGUGUGAGCCCCGUCCUCGCGGGGGGAAACAGUGACACCGGCGUCGCGACGUCCCCGUUCGCAAACACGACCAGCCUCUACAGUAGUCUGAAGUUGGGAAGUCGGCUUGUCAGGAGGAGGGACAGGCACCCCGACCAGGAGCACUUGGCCGUCAACGAGACUGAGGACGAAGUGACGACGCCUCUUCCGGGCUGCCAGUCGUGCAUAUUCCGUGAGGGCCUGCGGAACUUGAGCCUACAGACCAUCAAGGAGGAGAUCCUGAGCAAGCUGGGCAUGAAGCACGCCCCCAACACCACGGGGAGGCAGCUGCCCAAGAUCCCGCCGCUCCAUCACUUGCUGCAGAUAUACGAGCAGCAACAAGGGGUGCCCGGGAUGCAGGGCGACGAGCCUGUCCGGGCGACGGGCUCCUUCAAGCCGGGAAGCGUCGUGCAGGAGGAGGAGGACGACUACCACGCACGGACGGAGCGCGUCAUCGCCUUCGCUCAGCCUUACCCCAAGCUGCGCCAUGGACCGAAGGGUCAAGACGUCCAAUUCUUCCGCUUCUCGGAGAAGGUCAUGCGGAACAAGGUCCUGAAGGCCCACCUGUGGAUGUACCUCAGGGGCACGACGCAUAGGCAAGGCUCGAAGACCAGUCACGAGGGUCUGGCCGACGCCCCGGCGCCAGAAUCACCGGGAGGCGGCUACGACGGCGGCGGAGGCGGUGGCGGAGGGGGAGAUGCAGGAUGGUCCGUGCCCCUGGUGAACGUGAGUGUGAUGAAGGUGCUCCGGGGAGCCAGCUCGUCGCUCGAGUCUCCGAUCAUGAAGAUAGAAGCCAAGUCAUUGGUUCGACGCCCGUCAGGCGAAGGUGGCUGGGUAUCCCUGAAUGUCGAAGAGUUGCUUUCCAGAUGGUUCGAGAAUCCUAAGGAAAAUCACGGGAUAGUUCUGCAUGCAGCCGACGAGAGCGACCGGCAGAUUGUCGUCACAGAUCACGAGGAGGACAAUGGCGCCCUGGUUCCAUUUGUUGAGCUGUAUACAGCGGACGGCAGGAAACACAGGACGAAGCGCACUAUCGGCCUGAACUGCGACGAAACGUCGGAGGAGAAGCGCUGCUGUCGAUAUCCUCUGACGGUGGACUUCGAGGAGUUCGGUUGGGACUGGAUUAUCGCUCCCAAGAAAUACGAGGCCAACUAUUGCUCGGGGGAGUGUCCCUACGUGUUCCUUCAGAAGUAUCCGCACACACACAUCGUGGCCCUUGCCAACCCGUCAGGGACAGCCGGGCCCUGCUGCGCCCCGCGCAAGAUGUCGCCCAUCUCCAUGCUUUACUUUGACAACGAGUACAACAUCAUAUACGGUCUGCUGCCAGGGAUGGUGGUGGACAGAUGUGGCUGUUCGUAGGAGGGGGAGGGGUGGUGGGCACAGUACUGCCGUCCAGAUCAGAAUCCGUCCGUCCAGCACAGAAGCUCCCCUCAUAAGUUAUUUAAUCUCUCUAAAUGAUAUACGUAAUUUAUGUGGUGGCAGAGGGCGCUACACGCCACAAGUGCGCCUUCAACCAUCGCGACGUGCCCGACUCCUUGAUGAAGCGUAAGAGAAAACGAGUAUUGUGAUAUUAUUUUAGUAAAAACUUUGAUUCUGAUUUCUAAUUUAAAUUAAUGUGUGUUAUGACGAGCUCCUGAAUUAGGAACAAACCGUGGACAUUGCUGUGAGUGCGGAAGUUUAAUUUAAUGUUGUACACGGCUCAUGUCAAUUUCGUUCAUCAAAAUCAGGCUGAAUUCUUCUGUCCAACAGCUGCAAUACAUACAUAAGAAUGCUCUUCACACCCAAAAUGGUGCUGCCUACCACUGGGUGAGGCCCCCCCCCCCUUUUAUCCGUCCAGGUGAGCCCUUGAAAGCAACACUGCGCAUGUGCAGAGCACAGCAUUUGUACUUGCGAUGAGACUUGCUUUACUUUGGACUAAGAGCAAAUGUUACAGUUAAUUUCCAAGCGCACGGAGCUGCACGUCUUCACAGAUUUUAUGUCUAAAUUCUGAACGCCUGGCGUCAUAAGGGCGCCGUCUGCAAGGGGUCCACACGCGUCACAUUUCGCUGGUUGCGCACCCUUCCGAAAGCAGUGUCAGCGCGAAUUCGAGAACCGAAAGGAACCGCCAAGCAAAAGGAAACGGUCUGAAUGUAAAAUAAUUUAAAAUGUAGAAUAUAAUUAAAUUAACUUAUUUUAAUUCUAAGGGUUUGUUACGCGCCCUGCUCUGAAGCCCGUAGCGGACUCCCGUUUCCUGGUGCACGUCGCUGCCGGGGGCACAGGAACUGCCUCUUCCGAAGUUUGGGCGGUGCGCAAGAAGAAUUUCAGGCCCUGGUGCGGCGCCACGCUGUCCCUGCCCUAGGGACGACUGUGCCCUGACAACCCUAGGUUGGCCCCAGUACGCUGCAGUAUUUCAGAUUUCGAAAUGUAUGUGAAUUUAUAUUUGCCCUUUGCUACACUGUUAAACAGUAUCUCUUCCGCUCGAAGCUAUUGGAUCAGAAAUUUUUUCAGCAGAUAAGAAGUUAACAAAACGUAUACUUAACAGCAUGUAAAAAUAAACUUCAUUUUCCAAAAUGCGAUGCGGAUAUGGGCGUCGGUGUUUAGUUCCUGAAAUGGACACUCCAUUUUCUACGAGUUGAUACCAGUAGAAUCCAAAUUUAGCAAACCCGUAAAAAAGUGGGCAUAUCGAAACAGCCCCUCCCCAGAUCUAGGCGCAGUAUAACAAUAAUUUACGUCUCGAAUGUUCUUGUCGGUGUUUUGCAAUAUUAAUAAGCAUAACUUUCCGUUUUCCAGAGCAGCCUAUAGAAGCCAUACUCAUUUGGCAGCAAGUCCCCACGGCAGAAGUUGUUAGUGUCCCUACCACGGGACCUGAACACCCUCGCACGGGUCUUUGCCAGUCACAAGAUGUAAUACAAAUAUUAGCUAUUUUUGUCAUUUUGGUAUUGCCUUUCGUCACGUCAAGUAUCUUUAUGGGUCUGAAUGUACAGAUUAUCCAUCUCUUUAAAUUUGGUUUUAUUUCUUUAUUUAUUUAAUCCCUGAAGAAAUUUUUAACCUGACAGAAAACGCCGUGUCUCCAUUAGGAAGUGCACCCGGUUAAUGCUGUUUAUUGUGAGGCGGGUGGUACAAUGGUUUAAACCGUUUUCCUGCCAUCUAGCGAAUUCUAAAGUGAACGCACAUUCAAGCAGCAUUACCAACACGCACAAUUGUAAAUGUAUUAAUUUAUUUAAUCAUAGGAUAUUAAAUGACGGUCUAUCAACUGUGAAGGUUAUCAGAUGAGAGGAAAUUGUGUGUCCGUCACGCGCGCCGUACGAAGGGCGGUUGCUUGCAAGGGCUCUGUGUGCCGUCCAGUGGGGCCGACCAUGCUCUGUGCUCCCUGUGGAACAGACGCCACCCACUGUAAGGGUGACGCGCCUCUCCAUGCAAAUUAAGUGUUAAGAUUACUUAAUGUGUCAGUUAGUGCCUGUGUCUGUUUCUCCAGGAAUUACGCGCGAUCUCUAGUGACUGAGUCUGGUGAUGGGGUUAGUUUUACGUGCAAAGCGCAUUUCUGUAGCGAUGAUAAGACAAUUUGUUCCUUCCAGAUAUGUAGAGACAGUGACUUGCCUCUGUCUGUGUAGCAAAGUAGUUUCGGCUGAUCGGAACUUCAGGAAACGUCCUUAAACUGAACCCAGCAUGUGCCUACACGGCGUCACAUACGCAAGCGAGUUGUGCUGCGCCCUGCAGCUGUGUGUGACGCAACAAUGUAACGUUUGAAGGUGGCCCCUGCCCAACAAUACCGCAUUUCUCUGUGCAGCCACUUUAUGCUUAUGUAACGCAUGCCGAAAGUUUAACUUGCAUCGAACUCUGAGGUCGAGAGGUCCCAUAUUCAAAUCUCGGCCCAGAGGAUCACCCUCUUCACUCACAUUGUUCGUGGUCUUCCUCAGACACCCCAGAUAAAUGUCUGCAUUUUUAAUUUCAAAUUCAGUAUUCACUGCUCAUUGCCGUUGAGCUACACAGUGCGGGCUGCCGAGAGCUUCCUUGCAUAAACAACAAAUGCAUAAAUAUAAAAUAUACAUAAUCUGAGUUUCUCUUUGCGAUUGUAUGCUGUGAAAUCUCUCGUGCUAUCAGCCUUGUCCAUGUGGAGUUAGUAUUCGACGUUUCGGAGACCGUUUCCUUCUCCAUUAUCAGGGAGUUGACGUUAUCGGACUAAAACAAUUCUUUGCGCAUAGUUAUCAGUUCGGUCUGUCGUGUCAUUUCCAUGCGCUGAUACAGGAGUGACCAUUAACGUUGGGACAUGAGAUUCAUGUUCAUAACAUUACGCGUUGGAUGUGAUUGUAAGCUGUUGCACACGUUGCCGGGUUCCGGUGCGCUCGCGGUGUGCGGGACUCUGUCGGUCUGGGGACACACCACCGCGCCACUUUCUUUUUAUAUUGCUGAAGUUCUGAUCACUGCCGCUAUGCUUAGGUGGGUGUGAGGACACUCAUCAACACUCAUAGAACCACUCUCUCAAAUUGGUUGUUAGGACCUUGUAAUAAAGAUUGGUUUGCAAUUGAGUUAACUUUACCUAUUGUGAUACUUCUGUCUCUGACUGUACAUAAUGACUGUGUUUCCUUGUGGACGUGCAACAGGAAGAUCCAGACUGUUUUGUGUCUUAUUUCUUAUGUCAGGAAUAGUGAUAUCUUUUUGUAAGAAAAAAAUGGUAAAAGGGUAGAAGUAUUUUUCACAAUUUGUUCUAAAUCAUUUUUAAAUAUAAAUAAACUGAAAAUGAACUGUGGAAAUAAAGUUGGUGUGUGCCUUGCCCCAUG